AUACUGGUGUCACGUGGAUGUGGCGCGCGGCAUACGGCGGGAGGAGGGGCGCCAAGCGGUGAGGUCACGUGUUGCGCCGCCGGCCCUUGGCCCCUCCUCCAUGAGAGGGGAGGCAGGGCGGGCAAACAUGGCGGCGGUGAGUUAGAAAGCGUCGGACGGCGGGGCUAGCGGCGGAUACUUCCAGGAGCGGCUGUGGAGGGAUCGAGAGAGACUAAACAGAGUUAAGCUACACAGUGCAGACACCUGUUGUCAACAGUGAGUAAACUCUAGGAGUGCAAGCAAACCUAUACAGAAAAAGAUGGUGGAGCCAGGACAAGAUCUGUUGCUUGCUGCUUUGAGUGAGAGUGGAAUCAGUCCAAAUGAUCUGUUUGAUAUUGACCCUGCGGACAUGGGCCUUGCAACACCAGUGCCAGCUGUUCAGCAGUCAGUGCCACUUAGUGCAUUAGAACUAGGCUUGGAGACUGAGGCAACAGUUGCUGUUAAACAAGAACCAGAGACUGUAUCUACUCCAGCACUAUUAAAUGUCAGGCAACCACCAUCAACCACAACCUUUGUGCUGAAUCAAAUAAAUCAGCUUCCAACUUUGGGGACUACAAUAGUAAUGACAAAAACCACACCUGUGACAACUACUAGGCAGACCAUCACUGUAGCAAAAAUCAUUCAAACCAGCACAACUACUCGACCAUCUGUUGCAGCACCAGCAGUACGCAAUGCCUUGACCACUACACCUUCAAAGGACCAGGUCCAGCUGAAAGAUCUGCUCAAAAACAAUAGUCUUAAUGAACUAAUGAAAUUGAAGCCACCUCCGAACAUUGCCCAGCCAGUUGCAACAGCAGCCACUGAUCUAAGCAAUGGUGCUGUAAAGAAGGAGGCUUCUACAAAAGAAGUAACAAGAAUAUGGGUAAAUGAUGUAAAAAUGAGAAGUUAUUCACCUACUAUGAAAGUGCCAGUAAUAAAAGAGGAAGAGGAACCUGAGGAGGAGGAUGAAGAAGAAAUGGGUCAUGCAGAGACAUAUGCAGAGUAUAUGCCAAUAAAAUUAAAAAUUGGUCUACGUCAUCCUGAUCCAGUAGUAGAAACAAGUUCGUUAUCCAGUGUAACCCCUCCUGAAGUAUGGUAUCAGACAUCAAUAUCUGAAGAAAGUAUUGAUAAUGGUUGGCUGUCGGCAUUGCAACUUGAAGCAAUUACUUAUGCAGCCCAGCAACAUGAAACAUUCCUGCCUAAUGGGGACAGAGCUGGAUUCUUGAUAGGUGAUGGUGCUGGUGUAGGAAAAGGAAGGACCAUAGCUGGAAUAAUCUAUGAAAAUUACCUGUUGAGUAGAAAAAGAGCUAUAUGGUUUAGUGUGUCAAAUGAUCUGAAAUAUGAUGCUGAAAGAGACUUGAGGGACAUUGGCGCAAAAAAUAUUUUGGUUCAUUCCUUAAACAAGUUCAAAUAUGGAAAAAUUUCUUCCAAACAUAAUGGGAGUGUAAAGAAAGGUGUAAUUUUUGCCACAUACUCUUCUCUUAUUGGUGAAAGUCAAUCUGGUGGUAAAUACAAAACCAGGUUAAAGCAGCUUCUCCACUGGUGUGGCGAUGACUUUGAUGGAGUUAUAGUAUUUGAUGAAUGUCACAAAGCUAAGAAUCUGUGUCCUGUUGGUUCUUCAAAACCAACAAAGACCGGCUUAGCUGUAUUGGAGCUUCAGAAUAAACUUCCGAAGGCUAGAGUUGUUUAUGCUAGUGCCACAGGUGCGUCUGAGCCACGAAAUAUGGCAUACAUGAACCGUCUGGGAAUAUGGGGUGAAGGAACCCCAUUUAGGGAAUUCAGUGACUUUAUUCAGGCUGUUGAAAGAAGAGGUGUAGGUGCCAUGGAAAUAGUUGCUAUGGAUAUGAAACUGAGAGGAAUGUACAUAGCAAGACAGUUAAGCUUUUCAGGUGUGACCUUCAAAAUUGAAGAAGUUCUACUUUCACAGAACUACAUUAAAAUGUAUAAUAAAUCUGUGAAACUGUGGGUGAAUGCCAGAGAGAAAUUUCAACAAUCAGCUGAUCUUAUUGAUGCAGAGCAACGCAUGAAAAAGUCUAUGUGGGGUCAGUUUUGGUCAGCCCACCAGAGAUUUUUCAAGUACCUCUGCAUAGCAUCCAAAGUCAAAAGGGUGGUACAGCUAGCUAGAGAAGAAAUCAAGAAUGGGAAAUGUGUUGUUAUUGGACUACAGUCCACAGGAGAAGCAAGAACGUUAGAAGCCUUAGAGGAGGGUGGUGGAGAAUUGAAUGACUUUGUUUCCACAGCAAAAGGAGUAUUGCAGUCUCUCAUUGAGAAGCAUUUCCCAGCUCCUGACAGGAAGAAGCUUUUUAGUUUGCUGGGAAUAGAUCUGACUGCUCAAAGUAAUAACAAUUCACCUAGGGACAGUCCUUGCAAGGAGAAUAAAAUAAAGAAACGGAAAGGUGAGGAAAUAACUAGAGAAACCAAGAAAGCUCGUAAAACAAGUGGCCUCGCUGGGAGCAGUUCCGAUGAGAGUGAAAGCGAGUCUGAUGCCUCAGACAACGAAGAAAGUGACAAUGAGAGCUCUAAGUUUUUGAGUUCUGGAGAUGAUGAUGACUUCAACCCAUUCAGAGAUGAAUCUAGUGAGGAUGAUGAAGAUGACCCCUGGUUAAUUAGAAAAGACCAUAAGAAAAAUAAAGACAAGAAAAAGAAGAAAAGUAUAGAUCCAGAUUCCAUUCAGAGUGCCUUAUUAGCUUCUGGUCUUGGAUCAAAACGACCUAGCAGUUUUUCUUCCGUUGCUGUUACCACUGCUUCUAGUACCAAUACAUCGGCUACCAGUAAUACUAACAGCAGCUUUGUAACAAGUCAAGAUGCUGUUGAAAGAGCCCAGCAGAUGAAAAAAGAAUUGCUCGAUAAACUGGAAAAACUAGCUGAAGACCUUCCUCCUAAUACUUUGGAUGAACUUAUAGAUGAACUUGGUGGUCCUGAGAAUGUGGCUGAGAUGACAGGCCGCAAAGGGAGAGUUGUAAGCAAUGAUGAUGGCAGCAUAUCUUACGAGUCAAGGUCUGAACUUGAUGUACCUGUUGAAAUUCUAAAUAUCACAGAAAAGCAGAGAUUCAUGGAUGGAGACAAGAACAUUGCCAUCAUCUCAGAAGCUGCCAGCUCAGGUAUUUCAUUACAAGCCGACCGUAGAGCUAAAAAUCAGAGGCGGAGAGUGCACAUGACUUUGGAGUUACCAUGGAGUGCAGAUAGAGCAAUACAGCAAUUUGGAAGAACUCACAGAUCAAACCAAGUUACUGCACCAGAGUAUGUGUUCCUAAUUUCCGAAUUGGCAGGAGAGCAAAGAUUUGCAUCUAUAGUUGCCAAAAGAUUAGAGAGCUUGGGAGCUCUCACUCACGGUGACAGAAGAGCAACAGAAACUCGAGACCUUAGCAGGUUCAACUUUGACAACAAGUAUGGGAGAAAUGCUUUGGAGAUAGUUAUGAAAUCCAUUGUGAAUUUAGAUUCCCCAAUGGUGUCCCCACCUGCUGACUAUCCUGGAGAAUUUUUUAAAGAUGUUCGGCAAGGAUUAAUAGGUGUGGGCCUAAUAAAUGUAGAAGACCGAUCAGGAAUUCUGACACUUGACAAAGAUUACAACAAUAUAGGAAAGUUCCUGAAUAGAAUUCUGGGUAUGGAGGUGCAUCAGCAGAAUGCUUUAUUCCAGUAUUUCUCGGAUACGUUAAAUGCAGUUAUACAAAAUGCUAAAAAGAAUGGAAGAUAUGACAUGGGUAUUUUAGAUCUUGGGUCUGGAGAUGAGAAGGUCAGAAAGGCAGAUACUAAGAAGUUUUUAACUCCGGGAUACUCUACCUCUGGACGUGUAGAAUUAUACACAAUCAGUGUAGAAAGAGGUAUGUCUUGGGAAGAAGCAACUAAGAUUUGGGCUGAGCAAACUGGACCAGAUGACGGAUUUUAUUUAUCUUCGCAAAUAAGAAAUAAUAAGAAAACUGCUAUCUUGGUAAAGGAAGUGAAUCCCAAAAAGAAGCUUUUCUUAGUAUACAGACCAAACACUGGAAAACAACUCAAAUUGGAAACGUAUGCAGACCUGAAAAAGAAAUAUAAGAAGGUACCUUCUGAAGAUGCUCUACCACAUUGGCUAGAGCAGUACAAUUCAUCGGCAGAUACCUGUACCCAUGCUUAUUGGAGAGGCAAUUGUAAGAAAGCAAGCCUGGGAUUAGUUUGUGAAGUGGGCCUCCGCUGUCGAACUUACUUCGUCUUGUGUGGUUCAGUACUAAGUGUCUGGACAAAAGUGGAAGGAGUUCUAGCCUCUGUGAGUGGUACAAAUGUGAAAAUGCAAAUAGUUCGGCUAAGGGCGGAGGAUGGACAGAGGAUUGUAGGUUUGCUCAUUCCUGCAAAUUGCGUAUCGCCCCUUGUAAACCUCCUGUCAACAUCAGACCAGUCUCAACAGCUUGCAGUACAACAGCAGCAGAUAUGGCAGCAACAUCACCCACAGAGCAUCACCAACUUCAACAAUGCAUAAGAGGACAGACUACAGAUGUUGACUUUGGUGUUUGAGAAAAGGCUGUAAAAGCAUAUCACUUGCAUAAAAAUCAGGGACAGAUUCCAAAGAAAUAUUUUUUCAGUUCAGUUGUGUGCUCUCAGAAGUACUUUGGGAAUAAAGAGGUACAUAAAGGAUGGUAGAACUGAAAGCCAGCAGUUGCUUAUGGUGGUGCAUCUGUCUAUGCUCUCUGUAGAGCUUCCUGUUUGCUUUUACUUUUGGCCUUUUAAGCCACAAACCACAAAUUUUGUUUGAAAAUUCUUGAAAAUUCCCAAACAGGCUUUAUUUUUAUCUUGUCAUACAGUGCUCAGGGUUUAACGCAGUACAUCAAUGCCAUUGCUGUGGGAGAUAACCUCGAAUGCAUGUAUUGAGUAUAUAUAGAAAAUAUAUAUUGGGUUUUUUCUCUUCAGCUUGUAAGUUUAUAUAAGCAUGAAAACUAGAGAUUGCACAUCAUGCAUUCAUUCAGGUUCCUUCCCAGUUUGUUUGACAGUGCAUGUCUUUGGAAACAGGCAUGAACAGGAUAAACACCCCAGUCAAGAAUUCCGAGAGAAACAAUCUUAGUUGUACAGCAUUGGUUAUUGCAUUUUUAUAGUGUUUAUACCCAAGUAUUGCAUUUUUUCUGGUUCUCUCCUGGAGGUUAUAUAUUUGAGUCUGCAACAUGUUUUUUGUGAUAAGCAUCUUAAAUUAAAAAGUUACUUCAUUUUAAUGUAUUAAUGGUAUUCCUAAUGUGUAAUGCAAAGAUGGCUAAAAGCCUUUCCUUUAAAAUUAAAAUAUUUCCUUAAUCCGAGGUGACUAUGGAAACUAAGUGCAAAUUCACUUCCACCUCGCAUACAAUCUUAUAUUUUUUACUUCAUUAAUGUAAUUUAAUUUGUCACUUGUAAGAUGAAACCUUACUUGAGCUGUAAAUUAGACAAUGGGAAACUCUUGAGGGUUCCGCUAUAUGUGCUGUUUCUGUUACCCAGUAACUUGAAUACUGUUUAAUAUGUUGUAAGACAUUGUAGAGUUUAUCUGGAGCUGUUUAAAAGAAAUUGUAAUGUACAAAUGUGAAUAGUCACUUAUCUAUAAUAUGGGUAAGUUUUGUUUUGCCUAUAAUAGUAGAUGUUUAUAAGAAAGUGAAGGACAAUGUUUGUCAUUUCUUGCUUGCACAGGUUGCACUAUUGAAAAAUUGAGAUUGUAUAAACCUGUCCAAAAAACUGCAAGAUACCAAAAUCUUGUAGAUGUCAAAUAAAACGUUAUUGUACUAACAAAA